AUGUUACGUAUACAUACAUGUUCAUGGAUUAGUUAUAAAAAUAAUCAAAUAUAUGGUAUUGAUAUCCAUCCAAAUGGUAAAAAAUUUGCUAUUUGUCUUCAAGUUGAUGGUGGAAAAGGUAAUCUUGAAAUGUGGUCUAUGAGUCCAAUAUUAAAUGACACAAUACCCAAAUCCACAUCACCCUUAUUUAAUGUAUCAUUUCGAUCCGGUUUAAAUUCUGUUCGUUGGUCAAAAUAUGAUUAUGGAAAGUAUUUAGCAGUAUCAACAGAGGAUGGAAUUAUAUUAAUUAUUGAAUAUUUAGGUAGAUGUCGUGAAAGUAAAGGAUCUACAGGAGAAGACGAGGAGGAUAUUAAAGAAUUGUACAAGACAAAGUAUGAAUUACAUGGUCAUUCAUUGUCAGCAAAUAAUGCAGAAUGGUCAAAUGAUGGAAGAUUUUUGGCUAGUUGUGGUAUGGAUGGUAAAAUUAUUAUAUGGAAUGUUAAAAAACUCCCAGAGAAAGUUGUUAUUUUAAAUGAAGCUUCUGGUGGACAUACAGACAAUGUUAAUGGUAUCUCAUGGGAUCCUAUUGGGAAUUUUUUAGCUUCACAAUCAAAUGAUAAAACAUUGAAAGUUUGGUCUGUUGAUGAUUGGAAAGUUAAAACUACUAUUAGUAAACCUUUUGAAGGUGCUUGUAAUUCAACAAUGUUUAAAAGAAUGGAUUGGAGUCCUGAUGGUAUUAUAUUAAUAGCUCCUGCUGCUAUGAAUAAUAAGACACCUGCAACGCAAAUAGUUUUAAGAAAAAAUUGGGAUUAUAAAAAAGACAUAAUUGGUUUAAGGCAAAAUUCAACUGUUGUUAAAUUUAUGCCUAGCUUAAUGAAAGUUAAAAGUGAGAAUGAUGAAAUAUCAACAGUUAUGGUAUGUGCUAUUGGUAGUAGAGAUAGAAGUUUUUCAUUAUGGAUGUUUCCAAGAUAUGAAAGACCACUUUGUUUAAUAAGAAAUUUAUUUAAUGAUACUAUUCAUGAUUUUUCAUGGCAUAAUAACAUUGUUGGAGCUUGUUCUAGUGAUGGUAGUGUACAAUUUAUAUCGUUAAAAGAGUCUGAAUUUAUUAAAUUUUGUAGUAUAGAUGAAUUAAAGAGUCGAUGUCAAUUUAUUCAUAAACAAAUUCCAAUUCAAUUUAGAAGAGAUGAUGAUAUGUUAAAUGAUAGUAUAACAGAAGAUAGUUGUUUAUUAUAUAAAGUUCCAAAGACGGUACCAGUUAAAACUACAUCUAUUAUUUCUACUUCUUCUAUUAUCGUAGAAAAAGAACCUAUAAAAAAUAAUGAUAAAAUUGAAAAAGAAAAUUCUACGGAAACUGUUAAGCAACCAAAAUUGAUUGUAAGAUCUAAAAAUAAUGCUACUGUUAAAAUAACAUCAACACAAAUUAUUAAAGAACCUGAAGAAGAUAUAAAAAAUCAAAAUGUCACAAUAACACAACCAUCAAUGAUAUCACUUGAGAGAUUAAUUGAUGAACAACAGUUUGUCAAACCAGCUUUAACAAUGGAAGAAUUUAAUGUUUUAUUAAAAACUAAAAUUUUACAGGAAUCUGAAGAAGAUUUGUUGGAUGUAAGUUUUGAAUCGAAUAUGGAAACGUCAACUAUAGAGCGUGCUGCUGUUCCACCAACUAAACCAAUGAAAGGAAAAUUGUCAUUUACAAUACCUGAAUACAAAAAAUUGUUAAAAUACAUAACUGAAAGUAAAGCUACAAUAGUGGACUGUAUUACAGCAAAUAAUGCUUGUCAAUUAAUGCCUGGUGUUAAUAUAACUAGAGUUACAGCAAAACUUGGACGUGUAAUAGUUUGGGAAACAGUUAUAACAUCUAGAGUUGGUGUUGUUAAAUUUAAUGACCAAUAUACAGUUCUUGUAUCAUAUGAUAAAACAGUAACUAUAUUAGAUUCUAAAACGGGUAGACAAUUAAUUCAAUUUAUUCCUAAAGAAAUGACGUGUAUAGUUUUUUUUAAAAAUCAUUGGCUUUCAUUAGUUUCAGAGAAAGGAAAACUUUAUAUUUGGAAUUUACAAACUUUUCAAAACUCUAUAACAAUAAGUCUAAAAGCUAUAAUGCAAACAGAAAAGGAAUUAGUAAAUGUGUUAAUAUCACCUAAUGGAAUACCAAUAAUUUAUUGUGAAAAUAAUCGUGUUUACUCAUAUUCAACAACAACUAAUUCUCUUAUAUCAAUUUCAAAUACAUCUGAUGUAAUAACAAGACAUGCUUUAGCUAAAAUAUGUGGAGAUCUUGAUUCUCAUUCUACGGGAGUAAUAUCGUCUUUGUUUGAUUCUAAUAAAUUAUAUUCAAAUUUAACGUUACCAGAUGACAUAACACAAUUGUCAAUUGAAAGUGAUUUCAAAAAAUAUUUACAUUUAUAUGCACAGUCUCUUAUUAAUAAUGGACAUACUGAAAAGUUAGAAGGUUUGAUAAAAGAAAUAGAAUCAAAUAAAAGUUUAAUAUGUGGGCAUGAUUCAACUGAAGUUAUAGACGAAUUACAACCAUACAAAGAAAAAAAUCGUAGUUUUGGUAAUAGUGCUUCUAAAGGUGUUGAUUUAAUGGAAAGUAUUUAA